CUUUAGAUUGUGGGGUUGUAUUCUAUCCAGGAAAUUCUGGUGGUGGUUAGCUGUUAGCUGGUCGAACUGUGCGACAGACAUGUGGAAGACUUGUUAAUGUCCACGAGUGGCUAUUUAGCUAGUUCAUUCAGCAAAAAAAAAAUAGUCGUUUAUUCGUUCAAAGCCACCUCGGGCUUCUGUUUGAGGCGGUUGAAUUUCACCUGCGUGUAGCUGAAUCAGAAAUCAUCGGAACAGCGGAACAAGGCAAGGAGAGAUGUCCCACUAUUCGUCUUCCCGUAGUUCGUCUCGGGCGACCGACUGUAAAGUGUACGUGGGUGAUUUGGGCAACGGUGCUGCCAAGGGGGAGCUGGAGCGAGCAUUCAGUUAUUAUGGCCCGCUGAGAACUGUCUGGGUGGCCCGAAACCCACCUGGCUUUGCCUUUGUGGAGUUUGAGGAUGCCAGAGAUGCAGAAGAUGCUGUGAAAGGCAUGGAUGGAAAGGUCCUUUGUGGUUCCCGUGUUCGCGUGGAGCUGUCAACGGGCCUCUCCAGGAAGGGCCGUGGGCGCCCCAGCCGACGCCAGUUCGACCCCAAUGAUCGGUGUUACCAGUGUGGGGACCGGGGCCACUAUGCCUACGACUGCUACCGCUUUAGCAAGCGCGGAGGCCGUCGCAGCAGGUCUCGAUCUCACUCCAGGUCUAGGUCCAGGUCCCGCGGGCGCCGUUAUCGCUCUCGCUCCCACAGCCGUAGCCGUAGCCACAGCCGGAGCCGUCGUCGAUCUCCAUCCUAUUCCAGACGCAGGAGCAGGUCUGGCUCUCCAGCCCGUUCCAAGUCCAGGACUCCAGUGAGAAGUCGUUCCAGAUCUCGGUCCGGCUCUGCGCCCAGACGACGCUCUCCCUCCCGAUCUCGCUCACGAUCUCCAGCAGCCAAUCACAAGAGGAACAGCGUGUGGUGGGAGCUGAGCACCGCACUGACACCACAGCUGAUCCCAGGCCCAGGGUCUGCCAGCUGGCGGUGUGUACGUCCUGCGGGAGGGUGACUAAGCGCUGACCUGAGAUCAGCCUUCGUCUGCAUCUGGUGUUAGACAGCGAGAAAGAGGUCGACCUACCGACCGAACCCUCCCCACAGUAAAUGGGUGACCGUCUGUUCAACCGACGCACACGCUAAGACGAGAUCAGCCCGUGCACACAUACAGUUGUUCUACUAGAGUUCUACUAGAGUCACCCAGCCAGCCAGCCUUCAGAUGUACCAGAGGGCUGACCCACACAGAUCAGAGUUCGACCGCUACCUUUUUAAAUCCAUUACCUACCUACCAGACCCCCCUACCUACCAGAGUUCUUCGGCCUCUGUCUUAGCUUCUGAAAGAGAGCUGACGAGAGAUCAGUCUUCAAGAGCCUCCCAGCGCAGUGUCUCUCCGAGUUGUAGUCGUCCGUCCUACAGUCCUUUCAUCCUUCGCUUCUCUGUACUUGUUGUUUCUGCCACUGUCUCCAAAGGUAACCAAAAAUCAAACCCCCUGACAAGCUCAUGUUCAUGGUGAAAGAAAAUGCACAGGUCUGAUGUAGUCUGGAAAACUGGUGAUUGUAGAGCUAAAGUUGAGGCUUUAACAAGCAUGCUCAGAGUACAAAUGUGUGUUUGCAUGCGAGUGCGCGUGGAUGAUUGAGUGAGUGCAAGAGAGGAAGGCAAGGUGAAUUUUAAUGGGUUGAGCUCUGAGGAGGGUUUGUCAGACAUGUUUUUCUUCUUGUGCCGUAGAUGUUGCAACAUCAUUACAGUUUUUAAGCAGCUUUAUCAUUUUAGUACAGUACAAUAAUAGUGGUGGCUUUUAGAUGUGCAGUUCCUUCUCUGGUCAUGAUAUAGAACAGUUUCCAUUAGGGCUUAACGAUAUGGGGAAAUAAUUGAAUUGCUUUUUUACACUUAAAUUGUGAUUUUAAAAAAAGGUAAUCUUCUGUAUUACCUAUACACAAGCUAUAAAUCAUUCUAUAGUAUGACCAACACAACAUUGGAUACUGUCAACAUAAACUGUGUUCAAAAUUCAAGUGGCUCUACCACUCGCCUCGUUGUAAACCUGUUGCGAAUGUUCCUGCUUCAGCUUCCAGAUUGUGGUCGGGAAGCACACGGACACUCCUCAGAGCAGAAACUAUAAAUCUGUUGUAGUCGCAAGUGAGGAGACUAUGUCAAGGAACAGUCAGGAUUUUAAAUGGGUGUUUUUUGCCCUGGGGGGGGUUCAAUUGUGUAUUUAGCUUUUGACAUGACAUGUAUUUCUUUGAAAUACAAAUAUAAAGUUGCCUUAGACAUAGUAAACACUGAAAGAAGAAUAAAAUCAUCUGGUCCUUGGUCUGAGAGGUCAAAGAGGUAUUGAGGUAGUUAACCAGUAUCCGCGCCUAUCCAGUCACGGACUUUCUCACAAGAUGUACACCGUGUUAAGAUGUUGAGUAAUGAGGGAUUUUGUGUGUGAUCAUUCUUCCAUCCUCCCCUGUGGCGAGCUAACUCCUCUUCGUUUCUGUUUCAGUCGUUCCCGUACAGCAAGUCCACACCGAAGCCCCACGCCGGCAGACGACUGAGUGAAGAAGACUUAUUAGUUCCUUAACAGACAGACCCUCUACUCUGCACCCCGUCUGCUUUCACAGCCCUACAGCAGCUGUUUUUUGUACUUUGUCUGUUUAGUCCCAGUCUUUUUUAAGAUUAUUUUUCUCCCCAGGACUAGUAGUCUUCGUGCAGCCUCAGAUUGUUGAAGAAUUAGUCAGUUUAGCAGACAAAAUCAGUUUCCAUUUGAUAGAAAGUGUACUGCUGUUGCAUAGGUCCUCUUUCUUCUCUGAAGACGCGUGCUGUAGCAAGUGUAAGAAGCAACACCUGUGUUAAGGUGAUACUGAAUGUUGCCAUUGGCUUUUAGCAGUGAUAUGAGUAGCUUGUACAGUACACUUUCUGUGGAAGAUAGCCCAGUUGAUGCAGCGUUUGAGAGUGAAGACAUUGCAUUGAAAACUGCUUUUAUUCCCUAAAAUUUCUAAACCAUCAAAAUAUUUUCCCCAUUGAGAAUCGGCAAACAAUUUUUUUUUUUUUUGUAUUGCUCUCCAAUUUGAAUUUUUAGGUUAAGCUGCCGUUUAAUGUUUCCACUCAUGAUGGCAUAAGGAGGUAGUUGCUGGCCUGCAUGCCUUUGAAUAUGUAGUCACAUUCCUGUUUGUUGUUUCUGUGCUGCACUGCCCCCUUUUAUGAACCUCAUCAGCUUUACGGUGUGCUGAAUGGAUUUUCCCCAUGUGUUGAAUCUCCGAUUUUGUUUGACUUUUAAUUUUAAAAAAAAUACAGUGCUGAAGUUUGAUUUCUGUAAGGGCUGCUUUAACAGUUUUGUUCUGUUCCUGGCUUAUACUGUAAGACAGUGGCAGUUUCAGUUUUGAAUAAACCCCUUCAACGUA